AUUCUCAGGAUCUCACUAAUCUCUCAAAUCACUCUUGACACAAACAACCUUGUGUCAAGAGUGAUAAACAAUAUGGAACUUCUACAUUACAUGGACACAGGGAUGACUUCUUUGAAAUGGUUUAUAAGCUAUGCAUUUACACAAGUAUUGGGGCUUGUGGACAAUGGUAGCAUGCAGUGCAACCACAUAUCAGCAAGCUCAGAUGAAGGGCAGACUCAAUCAAAAGACUCGAAGGAAGAAGGGAUUGCCCAGAUUAUAGUUAGCAAGGAAGACUCUGCAAAUGGGUUUGAAAUGCCUCUUCAUUACCCAAGGUACACAAAGGAAGAUUAUGAAAAGAUGGAGAACUGGAAGUUGGACAUGGUUCUCAAAGAAUAUGGACUUACUGUUAAGGGUGCUCUUGAUGCAAAGAGGUCAUUUGCCAUUGGAACAUUUGUCUGGCCAAAUUAGCUUUAGUUAUCUAUCUUUCAUUAAUGAUAUUAGAAUUCAAUAUGCUACGACUAAAAGAUGACAGUGAUUGUUAUCUGUUCUACAAUUAGGCUUCAUAUGUUAUAAAUUUAUUUUUUGAGGGAUUUUGUAGCAUAGUCUGUAGGUGGUUAACUCUGGAAUUUGUUGUACUUCGGCUCUUUAAGUAUGUAUUCUAAGCUGGGAUCAGAAUUCAGAAGUUACCUUAUACGUAUAA